GUCGAGAAUUUGCACAAGAAAUGGCGGUAGCGACUGCGGCAAAUUUGAAAACUGUAAUACUUAACCCUUUACGGAGGCACAGUGCAAGUGUAAUUUUUCUCCACGGUUCAGGAGAUACAGCCGAGGGUGUGCUGGGAUGGAUCAGGUCGCUGGUUCAAGACGACUUCAGGAUCCCGCACGUUAAAACCAUCUUCCCUACUGCUCCAGCAAGGCGCUACACGCCAGCCGGGGGUGCGCUGAGUACCGUAUGGUAUGACAGAACGCGGAUCGCCCCAAACGUCCCUGAGCUGUUGGAGACCAUCGAUCCUGUCUGCGAGCAGUUGGGACGACUGAUAGACGAUGAAGUGGCCAGGGGAAUCCCAAAAAAUCGAAUCGUCAUUGGGGGCUUUUCCAUGGGUGGAGGGAUGGCCAUGCAUUUAGCCUACCGCUUCCAUCAUGAUGUGGCGGGUGUGUUUGCUCUAUCCAGUUUUCUCAACCAGGACUCUGUUGUUUACAAAGUUGUGAGCUCCAAGCCGAGCCUGCCACCUCUGUUUGCCUGCCAGGGCCUGAGGGACCCAUUGGUUUUGAGCGACUGGAGCAAAGAGACGGUCAAGCAGCUCUCUGACUGCGGGGUAGGGUGUGAAUUUCACACCUUCCCAGAACUUUACCAUGAGAUGAAUGCCAAAGAGCUCCAUAUGCUCACAGACUGGAUAAAGAAACGGGUACCGAGCGAAAGCUGAUGAUUUAUACUAUACCUCAUACAUAUGAUCGACGGGCGAAUUCUCACUGGUCCAUUCACCACUGGUCCAUUUACCAAGGGCGAAUGUGUUCAGUGUAAAUACGCAUAUGUAGUGGACUAUCGAACGGGUUACCUGUGCGAUGGUCCACUACUCAUGAGCUUGAUGAAGCAAUCGUGGAACAAUUGCACAGGUGUUGUACGCACAUCAUCCAAGCUACACAUCGUCCAAGCUCAAGCUCUUUUUUUUUUUAUGUGACAUCGCAAUAAAGGCAGGCAAUGAGUACACCACCAUCUUUUCCUAAAAAAAA